AUGUCCGUUUCUGCGGGUUGCAGUGGACGUCAGUCGUUUCUUGUUGUGUUUGACUUGGACCACACGGUUGUCGACUGUAACACAGACGAGGUGGUGCCGGAGUAUUUGGGUCGUGGCGAGUUCCGGCGCUCAUUGAUGGGGGCGGAGAAGCCAAUGCAAUCUACGAACCUUGUGGAUACAGUUUUGGCGCCCUUUUCAAGGGAGCAAAUUGGAGACGCCGUGGAAAAGAGUGUCAUCAUGGACGAUGGAAUGCCUGAUGUAUUUCGUUUCCUUCUUUUUCUUCAGCAGCAGCAGCAGAAGAGUGCAUCAGUUGAGGCGGUCGCCAAUGCUGUGCAUGUUGAGAUUGCCAUUGCGAGUGAUGCCAACCUGCUGUUUAUUGAGAAGGUCAUUGAGCGUCAUAUUCCCUUCGCUCGGCACGCAAUCUCGCAGAUUCACAGUAAUUCGUUUCACGAUGUAAUUGACGGCGGAGAGUUGCGUCGCUGUCGUAUCGGUUGGUACGAGUCGGCGGGCCAUAAUUGCCCCUGCUGCAAUUUAAGUGAACGCCCCAACAUGUGCAAGAGCCGCAUCAUCGCCCGUCUGUUGCACGCCAGUCGUCUCGUUGAUCCAACUGUUAUUUUUAUUGGUGAUGGCGCAAAUGAUUUUUGCCCGGUGCUCAAUCUGUUGAGGCCGAGAGAUUAUUUGUUUGCACGCCGUGGAUUUCCGAUUCAUCGCCUUUUGUCGGACGAGCAGAGUGCAGUCGGGGGUUGCUGCAGGAUCGACUUGUGGUUGAAUGCCAGCGAGUUGUUGCAGAGUUUUAAGCGCGCAAUGAAUUCUGCCGAACGUCUGCCGACCCUCGUUCGCCUCCGUGACGCGGGUCCGCGGGAGUUCCGCACAGUGACGUUGCGGCAGCGCAUUCCAGAGGUAAUUGAGCGGACGCUGAAGGACAACGAGGAGCACACCACAGCGGAGGGAAGGCGCCUGCUUCGUGCUCUUGUUGAGGCAACGCGGAAUAAUGCGGCGGUGGCACCACUUCCCGGACAACAGUUUGUACCGCCUUGGUUACAGGCCUACGCCUUUUUACCGGAGUUUGACACGGAUGUGCACAUGUUAAACGAGCAGUGGCAGCGGCAGAAACAAGAGGUGAAUGAUGCUGUUAUUGCCCCUCGAUGGGGCCAGAUACCGUGGCUGCAGGGUGAGAUUUACUUUUAUCACCUCUUUGUACAGUACAUGAUGCUCGCGGAGGGUGGCGGAUGCAAGAACGGGGAGACUGCAGCAGACGAAUGGGUCCCAAAUCUCGUCACGCCGUACGCAAUAUGUAGUCCCAUUGGUACACAUGACUGCCCCUUUGCGACGCACGCGGUUAUGGCGGCAGGGGGCGCCACACCGUUCCAGUCAUUUGACCCGUCUUUCCUUGCCAAGGAUGGAUCUACGUUUGCGUCAGACGGCGUUGUGGUACAGGAAGGCAGAAUCAGCUACCGUGACAUCGCCGCUGGUGAUUGUAUUGCGCCGCUGCAUGGAUAUUUUCAACCCUAUCGCGAUUUUUUUAUGCGUGAGAAGCGUGAUGUGCUUCACAACUUUUUGAAGGUUAAAAUAUGCCCCAUGCUCGCAUGUGUGCCCUGGGAGGCGGAUGGCAGCUUUGUUCCUGUGCUGCUGCGGUGGAUGCUGUGGGGCAAUGGCCUCGAUCUUUCCAUGUUCACGCUGGAACAGCUACGAGAGAGCCAUUCCAAGGGCGAAGCGGGGCCUGGAGACAAAGCUGGGAGGGGUGACGAGGGGGCGAUGGAAGGAACUGAGGGGCCAGCACAGAUCGAUUUGAAUGCCUUGCGCGUGGCAGAGGCAAGGGCGGUGAUGGGGCAGGAUGAUCUCAUUGUCGGCAAUCAGUUGGAGAAGUUGGCGCGGCUGGUAUGUCUUAUUGUACAAACGGAGCCAAAUGAAACCGUGACGAUUCCUCACACAAUUGACAUUGUGAUGGACAAUUUUGGGGUAGAAUGUGUGGCGGACAUCAUCUUCAGCCUGUGGGUGCUGCAACACCACCCCUCGCUGCAUGUGACUUUGCAUGUGAAGAGCAUGCCGUACUACGUUUCGGAUGUGACCCCGCCGGACAUUGCGCUCCUCAUUCAGGAAAUGGAGGACUGCGCGCGGCAGGAGCCUGCGCUGGCGACAAGGCUGAUGCCGUUUGUGCGUUUGGUACAUGAGGCUCUUAGCAACGGCAGGCUGCGCAUAGACGCCGACGCCGUGUGGACGCAGCCGUCCGAGUACCGGGAAUUACCACCACACGUAUGCAAUAGAUUUUUUUACACUCGGCGGGUGUUGUCGGAGGCGGAGUUGCGGAAAAGGCAAGAGGAGCGGCAGUCAUCAUCAUUUUCGUAUUCUGACUGCUCACGCUAUACCGCCCACUCGGCGCUUGUUAUUUUCAAGGGCGAUCUUAACUUUCGUCGUCUCGUCGGCGACCGCCACUGGGACCGCCGCGGAUUUCUUUCAACACUUUCCCCGGAUGAACGGGAGGCUUCCGCGGUGUCGAAGCUGCUGCUUGCCGACACACCACGCGUAGAAAGUGGCCGCCAUCCUCAAGAGGGAGAAGAAGAGACGGAUGAGGUCAUCAGCUUCCAGCGAAUUCUGUCAUCUUACUGGCCAGUACACGCCGUGCCGGUGUGCGCCAUACGCACGAUAAAGAGCGAACUAAGCAUCGGUGUGAAGACAGCGCGGCAGAAUGAGUUGGACCGCACGGAUCCCACCUGGAGGGUCUCGGGGAGAUACGGGGUUAUACUCCUUGCGGCUGAAUGCUGA